ACGUUAACUUGACGAAUUCGCGCUCGGCGUUCUGAUCCGUGUUUGUCUCUCUCGCGGAAGAACCCUAAUUUUGUAUCACUAGCUGUCAAUUGCAUCAUCGAAGCUGCAGAGGGAUGUACAACAAUGUCGGACCUCAGCCCGGGAUGCCGAUACCUUCGGGAAACCCUAAGCCGAACCCAUUUGGCAAUGCGUUUUAUGGACCUGGCUCGGGGCUUAUCCGAAGUGGCUUAGGGGCAUACGGGGAGAAAAUUCUCGGCUCUAGCUCCGAGUAUGUCCAGAGCAACAUAAGCGGAUUGUUAUCUGAUCGGCAAUACUACUUUCAAGUGAACGAUCAGUACGUGAGGAACAAACUGAAGUUGGUUCUGUUUCCAUUCCUGCACAGGGGGCAUUGGACUCGAAUAUCAGAACCAGUCGGGGGUCGGCUCUCAUACAAGCCACCGAUAUACGAUAUAAACGCUCCCGACUUAUACAUCCCCUUAAUGGCAUUCGGCACCUAUGUUGUUCUUGCCGGCCUGUCAUUGGGACUCAACGGAAAAUUUUCUCCUGAAGCUCUGAACUGGGUGUUUGCCAAAGGACUGGUCGGGUGGAUGUUACAAGCAAUGAUGAUGAAAGUGAUGUUGUUGUUGUUGGGUAGUGGAGAAGCGCCCAUUCUGGACAUAGUGGCGUAUGCCGGAUAUACAUACACAGGGCUGUGUAUAGCCGUUGCAGGGAGGAUAAUAUGGGGAUACUCUUACUAUGGGUUGCUGCCAUGGACGUGCUUAUGUUCUGGGAUUUUCUUGGUGAAGACGAUGAAGAGAGUGCUGUUUGCUGAGGUCAGGAGCUAUGACUCGAGCAGGCACCAUUACCUCCUCCUCGUUCUGGCUUUGGCUCAGUUCCCUCUCUUGAUCUGGCUUGGUAACAUUAGUGUUAAUUGGCUCUUUUGAUUUUGAUUUUUUGCCUUAAUACUUUUUGUUAUGAGAGUAUUUCUCGGGGGUUUUUUUUUGUCACUGGUGGCUAGGGGUGGCUUGUUCGGGUUUCGGUUCGGUUAUUAAAAAAAUUAUAAUCAUUGGGUUUUUAUGUUGAAUUCAAUUCGGUUUGGUUGUGUUCUAUUUGGGUUUAGGUUCAGUUCGGAUUUGAUUUUUAUUGAUAAAAUUUUUUGGAUUUUCGGUUAAUUUUUAUUCAGUUCAGUUA